AUGGUGGGCAAAGUCAGCGACCGCGUCCUCCUUCGGGAAGGGCUCGAGCGCACCGACAAUGGCAUGAAGCAAACUAGCUGGCCCGAUGUGCCCCCAAUUAAUCAAAAAAACUACUAUACGGAUUACAUGAAGCGCGAUGACCAAAUACUAUCCUUUCGACUACAAAGCGAGGCGAACCGAGACCGCCUGGUGCAAACUGCCAAAGAUCGGGACCGCGCGAUGAACGUCGCAAACGCUAAUGGCGAGGUCCCCCUUCCGGUUGAGGAGGUUCAAGGUGAGGAUGGGCCGGGCCCAGCAUCGACCUUUGAGGACCCCUCCAAGAUCAUCGUCAUACACCCCGGAAGCCAAAACCUCCGCGUUGGCUUUGCGAGCGACGCCCUCCCGAAGACGAUUCCCAUGACCCUCGCGACCCAAUACCCCCAAACCGAGUCCGAGAUGCACGAGGCGCUGCCACGACGGCAGUUUGAGGAGCGGUCGAUGGACCUGCAGCAUGGCGAAGAGUGGUCAAAGAAAUACCAGAAGAUGUCCAACGACCUCAAGAUCGACAUGCGCGCGAACAAGCGCAAGGUGUUACCGAACUCGAAGGAUCUGGUGAUUAACUUCAACCGGCGCAUCGAGCCAGAGAUCAUCUCCCAGCACAAUGACCCGCUUCAGAUCGAAUGGACGGAUAUCACGGCUCCGAGGGACGAAGAGUCGAAAAAGCCGCCGUCCGAGUUCAUCGGCCAACAUGCACUGCGCGUACCGGACGAUUCGAAUCCGAAGUUCAAGCUGUGGUGGCCCAUGCAACACGGUUGGCUGAACGAGGACGACUACCCUACGAGGGCGCAGUUGUUUAACGACCUCGAAACGCUGCUCGACCGCACAUUCCGAAAUGAACUCGGCCUCAAGAAGAAGUCGGAGUGGAAGCAGUACAGCUGCGUGCUCAUCAUCCCGGAUCUGUACGAUAAGCGAUACGUCGAGCUGCUCCUGCACCUCUGCAUCGAGCUCUUUGAGUUUGGCCGGGUCGCCUUCAUCCAGGAAAGCAUGGGGGCUACUUUUGGUGCCGGGUAUACGCAAGCUUGUGUGGUGGACGUGGGCGCCCAAAAGACGUCCAUCGCGUGUGUUGAAGACGGGCUCUGUAUUGAGGACUCAAGGAUCAACCUCAAGUUUGGUGGUUUCGAUGUCACCGAGACCUUCAUCAAAAUGAUGCUUUACGACAACUUUCCCUACCAGGACAUCAAUCUCCGCCGGCGGUACGACUUCCUCUUGGCCGAGGAGCUCAAGAUUAAGUACUGCACGCUCUCCCAAGCGAACAUCUCCGUUCAGAACUUCGACUUCCACCUGCGCGUCCCCAACGAGUCGACGCGCAAGUACCAGUUCAAGUUCUACGACGAGGUCAUCCUCUCGGCUAUGGGCUUCUACGACCCGUCAAUAUUCGACAACUCCACCAAGCUGCGCGGCCGCCGGAGCCUGAUGGACCGUUCCUACAACGCCUACGACGUGGAGAUCCCAGAUGACCCAACCUCCGCCGCCCAACUCGCCAUUCUGGCCCUGAUCCAGCCCUCAGUUACCGAGACAACCACAACCAGCUUCGCCGGCGUGCCGGGCGAUAUGGCCACGCCCGGCAAAGAGCGGUCGCAACCUUUCAACUUCCUCGCCCGCAACGGCGACGCCACCGGUACCCCAGGCACCUCCAAAGCCCCCUCUCCGGCUCCAGAAGGCGCCAGCACCCCCGUACCCGCACCCUACGUCUUCGGCUCCUCCUCCGCCCGCGACCUAAACGGCGGCAGCCCAGCCCCCAGCGCCCGCAACGGCGGCACCCCGGCCCCACCCAACGGUACCUCCCAGCUACCCACCACAUCCUUCGACGGCGGCCUCCAGCCCCCCCAAAGCCAAAGCCAAAACCCCGUCCCCCAAAUCGUCCAACGCAGCGCCAAGUCCCUCGCCAUCGAGCGCGACUCCGUGCUACCCCUCGCGCCACUCGACAUCGCCAUCAUGACGUCCAUCCAGAACGCGGCCAAGGGCGACGAGAAGAAAGUGCGCGAUCUGCUGGGGAGUAUCAUGGUCGUCGGCGGCGGCGCCAAGAUCCCGCAUUUUGCGCCGUACUUGGAGGAGAAGCUAAAGAUGCGGCGGCCGGAUUUGACGGAUCGGAUUCUGGUUAGUCGGAGUGCACGGGAGAUGGACGAGCAGGUGGUGGUGUGGAAGGGGGCGAGUGUGUUUGCGAAAUUGGCGACGAAUGAUUCGUGGAUUACGGGGUUUGAGUAUAAGAUGUUGGGGGCGAGGGUGGUGUAUAAUAAGGUGCUUUGGCAGUACUGA